AAGUACUUUUGUUAGUGGAAGUUGUCAAACACUCUUAUAGAUUUAGGUCUGAUAAUGGGUUUACUUUGCUUUAUUUCACAUACUUCAAUUUUCGUUAUGUUCAGUUCUAAAAGACGUAUACUUGAUGGGAGAUUAAUGUAAUAUGUCCAUUGUUAUGCGGACGUAUGAAUAAAGAAAGCUUAUUGGAAAAAGCCAUUGACGUAAUAGCUGGGAACCGAAGCCAUAACAACAAUAACAUGAUGAACGCAGUCGCAUGCUUAUUUUUUUUCACAGUAGUGUCGAAUGGUGUAUGCGGUUUGGAUUUGAGUCGGAGAAAUAAAACAGAACUUUUUCGUCGCAUUAUAAGCGCCGAAUGUGCAGAGUUUGGAGAAGUGGUACAUGGAACAGUUUCCAAAAUCAAUGCAACUAGUGUCCAAGGCGUACAUAUAGAAUGUGACGAAGGAUAUGAUCUCACUGGUGGGCCGAAAGUAUUGUGUAAUGAUGGUCGGUGGGAUGCAGCCCCUCGCCCUAUGUGUGCUAAACGGUGCAAACCACCACCGCUGCUGCGCGAUGGAGGAGUCAGUGUCGAAGCUCGCCAAGACGGCCCUAACAGCUACCGACAUGGGACAAAGGCUAUCUACAGCUGUGGGGUGGGGUUUCAGCUGUCACCACCUGGCAGUCACAUUCGCUCUUGUCACGAUGGUGUGUGGACGGGACUGGCUGCCACGUGUGUUUCGAACGGGUGCCCGCCACCACCGUCGGUGGCCGACGGCUACCACGUGCUCGAACCCCUGAGCCCUGCUGCGGUGCCGGUGGUGCCGCACACCGACCACGAGGGGCGGAUCGUGGUGAGUGUGGAGCAGCGAGUCCACUACAGCUGCAAUGUGGGCUACACUCUGCAGGGGCCGGCAAGCCUCCAGUGCCUUGCAUCGGGCCAGUGGAAUCCUCGCCAGCCUCCCAAGUGUGUGCGCCAGUACGGACCGCCCACAGAGCCUCCGCCACCACCACCUCCGCCUCUGCCUGGUAUGGAUAUGGAUACCGACAAAGAAAGAAUUUCAGCACAUGUUGCACCCGAGCUGCCACUGCCGGUCUGUCCGCCGGCCCCAACUCUGCACCACACACAGGUGUCCGUCCUAGACGGGCCACAGACGGCCAACAAUGCGGGUUCGGGUGCUCGGCUGGAGGUGAGGUGCCGCGAAGGCUACCGGGAUCCCGCUGCACCCUGCGUGCCAGCCGUGCUGUACUGUGAGCAGGGUUCCUGGGUGGGCUCACUGCCGAUCUGCGAACCAGUUUCAGACUGUCCACCACCACCGUAUGUGCAACACGGCACUCUGACACCACUGCCACCGAGAGAAUCAUCAUAUCCUGUGGGAUCGUCUGUUAGCUACAGCUGUGGCACCGGUUAUUUUCUUGAAGGCGAAAGAACUUUGACCUGUGCUGCUACUGGCUGUUGGGAACCGGCCACACUGCCUUCCUGCAAACUUGAGGAACAGCUUUACGCACUUGCCGGCUGUCCGCCUCCACCGCUCGUGGAGCACAGCACGAUGUCCUCGCCGACAUCGGAGACUUCGUACCCCGUGGGGUCGUCGGUGAGCUACAGCUGCUUCCAGGGAUACAUGCUGGAGGGGGAACACAUCAUCACCUGCAAUCCCUCCGGCCUCUGGGAGCCUUCCCUGUUGCCGACGUGCAGAGCUGAUCCACAACCUUACGCCUACCUGAGUACAUCAAGUGUGCUGCUCGUGUCCCUCGCAGUGGCCCUCGGCGUCUCACUCAUCCUGCUCGUGGUCUGUGUGGUGGUGGUGUGUCGCCACCAGGGGCCCAAGACACGCCCCGGAGUUCCGUCGCCCUCGUCGUCAACUGGAGGAGGCGGAGGCCACCGCGGUGGCUGUGGCGGACCACCUGGUUCUCUUGGCGGGCCACGCCACUCUUCUCCGACAGGAUGCGUUGCCACAUCUGGAGGUGUAUUGCAUGACCCAGACAGGGUCGCCCUUAUCGCAUUUGCUGAUGGAGUUCAGUUGGGAGAGUCGACAGCUCUUCCGACCUACGAAGAGGCGGUGCGUGGGUGCGAUCGCAGCAUGGCUGGCGUCGGUGGCACGGUGGGGGGCGGAGGCACCUCCCUGAGUGCGGGUGGCGGCCAGGGCCACCGCGGCCACGGGCGCGGCCACUGGGCGGGCCUGGGGUCGGGCCGCCGGCCGGUGCACGUGACACGCCAGUCCUCCAGCACGUCCCACACAGCCUCCCUGAGGAGCGGUUCUGCAGCCGGCGACUCUAUGGGCUCUACAGACACCAUGACACCGAGCGAAGUUUCAACAACUGUGACACUAGACACAGUGUCAUCACACACGUGCAGUAGUGGCGUCAGUGGCAGCGGCAGCGGUAGUGGCGGAGCAGCGAGCUGCCGUGCUAUCUGUGGCAGCCUCGCCUCGUUUGACACCAGCUCCGCACUCAAUACUGAAGGUGUUCCACUUCUCGAGGAAAGUGAACUGGAGGAGGCUGACCUCUCUGGCCCGUGCAAGCGCCGACGCCCGUCACCGGACCCGCCGGGGGUCGCCUGAUGCAGGGUUCACGGGGGGCGGUAUUCGCCCCCCUUGCCGCCCCUGUGCCCACUCCCCGUUCCGCCGCCACCGCCUCCGCGCAGGCUGCGCAAGUUGUAAGUCUGGCUCCUGGGCACACGGGAUAGGCUAGAGUUCCCGGACCCUCGGGGACGGGCUCAGCAGUAGGAAGUGUAAUGGCUGCUUGUUGUCACCCAACUUAUCUAUCUCCACGGCAUUCCAAAGCUACAAGACUCCCGAGUUUCGUAAUCUAAUGCAGUACACAGAAGUGUGCAAUAUGAAAACCAAAUUCUUGUUUAUUCGCUUAAAAGAAAAAAACGGGAUGGCUCUUGGGAACUGAGAGUAAAUUAUUGCUUUUCUGUCAUCCUUUGUUAGCUCUAAUCAAAUUCUUGUUUGUUCCUGUUACUAUAAUUUUUUGUUUACAUGUGGUGUGUAUUAUUCAUUCUCCAUGACUUUGAGUUGUUAACUGUCAGGAAGAUCCUCUUUCAGACUGUGGAUCAUUUAUGUUGAUCGGUUAUCAGAAAUUAAUUGUUAAGAAUAUUUUCUGUCUUUUUAAUGUACACUACCUCAUUUUGGAUCUGGAACAACAUACAGUGUUCGAAUGAACAUUUACAAUCUAAUAAUAGUUGCUACUGUAUAUAAAUACAUCCUAUGCAGUUUCAGGUCCGUGCAUAAAAAAGAAAAACAAAUUGAGGAUUGAUCCUAGUUAUUAAAGAUCUGAGGAGAAAAAGGAAAUAAUCAGGAAAGGCAUAUUUCUAUAGUAUAUAGAAAAAUGGACAUAUAAUAUGCACUAAUCAGAACUGAAAGAUCAAAAUACUUGAAGCACACUUUUAAUGAUGUUUCCUGCAUUGAGAAUCUGUCGUCCAGUUUCCUCUGUUACCACCCUUCAACUGUUCCAGCUAUAGCACUGAAGUCUCCAGUGAACCUUGCAUAGAGGAAGAAAAGUCUUAGAAAAACAAUAUAUUAUUUAUACCAACAGGUGUAUAAUUGUAGGUAUAUUUUGCCUUGUUUUCUGUCCCUGCAUCAGUUACCAUAUCACACAUCUUUUAAAAGCUCAUGAGACUGCAUCACAUCCUAUAAUGGUGUGACUAACUCCUAUUAUACCGUCAGAAAACGUUUACAGUGUAAUGUAAAUCCCUCUCUGCCCUAUUAGAAGAGUUUAUAACUUUCAAUUAAAGUUUAAAUCUUGAUAUUGUCUCUGCAACAAAAACUGUUAGCAUUUAUAUUAGUAACUUUGUCAUAGUUAAGUGUUGUGAAAGUAUAAAAUUAUAAAACCUGUGGUAAUGUAUUAACCAACAUUUAAGUCAAUUAAGUGAAUUUUUGACAUUACCUUCAUGAGAGCAGCCUUUUUCUUUUUAAAAAACAGAAAAGGCAUAAAAUUGUUUGUUUAUUGCGUUGUUGGAUAAUAGGACAUAUACUGGUUUCAGUCACAGUGAGAAAUAAUGAAGUAAGGAUAAACUAACUCUUCUUUAGCUGCUGAGGCAUUAAUAAUUGCGCAAAGGUAUGUGUGUCAUAUUAUAUGGUAAAAUGCAGGAUAAUGUAAACAAAUGUUAUGACUUUGUAUGCAGUAUUCAAAAUGCUGAUAUGUCAUUUAUCAGAUCUGUAGAUAUUUAGAAGGCUUCUUUAUUAUGUGGGAGUUAUCUUAAAUGUUCUGUGCAACAUUGUUGGUCAGAAAUUACUACAUAGUACAAUCUCGUAGUGUAAAUUUAGUUAGUUACUCAAUAUGGAUGUUGUAGGUCAGUAUAUGAGCACUUAGGUGACUUGUUAUAUUUAUUGCUGUUAAAUCACUCUGUCCAUAAUGUGCAAAGCGGUCGCACCAGUUUUAUAUGUGUUUUGCUUAAUAUAGACAUGUAUUAGCUCUCAUACUACAUGGUGUGUAGACAUAUCGGCAGAAGUCCUCUUAACUAAGAAACAAAUAUGAGCUCAUUUAGAAGCAAGGGCUUUACUGAAAUACUCAUAAGAUAGUGAGUGUCAGAAAGCUUAGUUGCAUUACAGUCAGCACUUAUGUUUUUAUUUGUAUAUUAUAUUUGUUCCAUUUGUAUUUCUUGCAGAGAGCCAGGCAAAAUUAAGUUUCACCAGUGUAAUCUAGUCGUAGAUUAGUUAUACUUCAGCUUCAGAAUGUAACAGGUCAAACAUUACAAAUGUUACAUCAUCAUCUGUCUUGUCUAUCUGUUCACAGCAGAAUAUAAAGGUUCAACCAUCAUCCAUUGAGAUUAUUAUAUUGGUGUAUUAGAAAUGCCGGGUAUGUUGUGUGUGCAUAUGUGUGUGUGGGUGUUUGUGCAUGUGUGUGUGUGUGUGUGUGGGUGUAAAUAUGUAUAAAUUUGUAGCUAGUCCUCUUUUUGAGGUUUCUUAUUUUAAUAUAAUUAUACUGACAAACUCUUGAUGUAAAUGUACACAUAAGCAAUGCAUUCUGGAGAUUUUUUAAUUUAUUUUGUUUAAAUUGACAGAUGUUUCAGCAGGAAAGAGAAAAUAUUUUAGUGUGUCUGCCUGAAUGUAUAACUUGAUGUUGCCCUUCACUGGCUGCCCAUGAGGCCUACUUGAUAUAGCUGUUGCUCAGAAAUUUGCAAACUGUCAUUUUGGAAAGGGAAAAAAGAGUUGCAACCUGUAAAUAUAUUUGAAAAUUUGAAGGGUUUAGUAGAUUUGUAGGUCAGGUCAUUGCACAUGAUAAAACUGCAACAGGAAAGGUGUCUUCACAAGCUGAUCUGCAUUUUUAUAAAAGAAUAUGAACGAAAUAGUAGCAUUAAGUUUUUUAGUUUAUUUUCCCCCACUUCAUACUCUGUACUACUGAAAAUAUUCACUCAUAUGUCCCCAUUAAUGUUUAUAAAAUGUGUGCCAAUAAAAAUCGUUAUAUUGUUAAGGAUAAUUAGUAACAUUCUUGCUUCCAUUUUGUGAUGAUAAAAUAAUAUAUGAAUGAGUACAAGGAUUGGUGUUCAGAUAAAAAAAAUUAUCUAGAUAAUGUUAUUUCUUGCCCAUUUGCGAUAGAAUAUGUUCUGUUUAUCGUACAGGUGAUUUCUGUCAGUAAUGGAACAUAUAAAUCUAUUUUACAUUUUUGAAAUGUAUUUAAUGUUCCUAAGAGAUACAUUUGUACAGCCAUAUUAACAGAGAUCCAUAGUUUUGAUAAAUGAACUAUUGAAUAUGCAUUAUUUACACACAUUAGCAGAUCAGUGGCUUUUAUUGCUAUAAUUUGCUAUAAAAAUUAUAUUUGUUAAUGCAAGAUUUAUAAAAUAACUGAAUGAAACCUGUUUUUGCAACUACAUAUGUAUUUUUUCUUUCUUUUUUUUACUGUUUGCCAGUAAUUAAAUUUCUCAGUAAUUGGUAAGUGUGGAAACAGAUGGUGUUAAGACAAAUAAGUUUUUUCAAAUACGCCAAGUCUUCAAGCCAUGCAAACUGACUGAUUCUUAAAUAUUUUUAAGUCCUCUUUGUAAAAAGCAAAUGAAGCAAGUAUCCUAGGACUAACCGCUGUCUUUAUUAACCAUUAAUAGCUGUUUGGUCUCCUCCCCCAGAUUGACCAACUGACCAAACAAUCAGUUUUAAGUGAUCCCAUAGAACACUAUAUGUUCCUGUUUAUCUCUUACUAAAAAUGGAUACAGUAGUAUUUUCAUUGCCAAUUGUUGAUACGAUUGCGUUGCUUUAAUGUAUUAGAAAAGUCAGUUACACAGGGCUUCAGAUACUGAGUGGUAAUGCUCUAAGUCCUGUCACAAAUUCAUGUUCCGUUAGUUAAGUAAAGUGUUUCAUUGUUCUAAGGUGUGAUCUCAUUGUGCUACAGUUUUUUCCUUCACAGAAAAUCAAAGAAACUUGACGCAAAUAAAAAUAAUAUGCUAAUGUUACGAAAGUAGUCAUCUAUAUUACCUGAGGUGUAACUGAUGAUAAAAUGAGAGAACUUUUCACAGAUUAUGCCAUCCUUAGAGAUUACUUUCUAAUAUUUAUGCUAGUAUUUAUUUAUGUUAGCCUCCACCUGAAAAGUUUUACUUAUUUAUCACAUUUGCUGUUACUAAUCAGGUGCAGUAAUAAGUACAUAAGAUUGUAAAUUGAUAUUUAAUUUUUAUUGUGGUCUUUAAACAAGCGGGACUGCCCUUCCUGCCUUUGUUCAGAAAUUAUCGUUUGAUACGAUGUAAGUAAGUAAGUAUUGUAUGAUGCUACCGUUACAGGAUACAUUCCACAUCUCCCUCCUGUGUCAACACACGACGCACUGUCGCACCAACUUUAUUUGAACAUGUGACAAUGUUUCUCCUUUUAUUUGUUGACAUGGUAAUGUGAUUCUUCUUUUAAGAUAGUAUACAUUGCAUAUUUUCAGCUUGCAAACAAGCAAUUUCAACUGAGCGAGAUUGUGCAGCAGUUAGCACACUGGACUCGCAUUCAGGACGACGAUGGUUCAAACCUGCGUUUGGCCUUCCUGAUUUAGGUUUUCCACAAUUUCCCUAAAUCGCUUAAAGCAAAAGCUGAGAUGGUUCGUUUGAAAGGGCAUGGCCGACUUCCUUCCCUAAUCCGAUGAGACCGAUGACCUAGCUGUUUGGUCUCCUCCCCCAGAUUGACCAACUGACCAAACAAUCAGUUUUAAGUGAUCCCAUAGAAAAAAGUCCAUUGGUGUGAGGGUUGGUGACCUCCAUUUGACUGCAUUUUUUGAUCUAAUGUCCAGGAAAUUGGUGGUCCGAACAGGACCAGUUAGAGGACAUUUUUCUGCACAAACAACUUAUCAUCUUGUGCACCCCUCCCCCCUCCUUCUUCACCCUCAUAAACUUUCACCUGUGUCAGUUUUCACUACCAAUUUUGCAGCACAUUGUAUGCAAGUCUUGCACAUGGGCACCUAUCUCAGCUUGGCAUGCCAAGCAGCCAUUACUAAUUGUGGAACAUCCAGUAUUGAAAUCCUACGGUUGUGGUGCCUCUGCCCCCCUACGGUUGUGGUGCCUCUGCCCCCCCCCCCCUCCCCCCUCAACUUGGCACUUCAAGCGUUGGUUCGUUUCGCGUGGACCAUUCUGUAAUUUGGUAGUGCCCCAUCUUGCAAGAAGACCCCACUUUCAUCUGGGACUGACACAAAGAUGUCAAUUUUCAGCCUGAUGAGAUAGACCAUCAGACUAUGUUUGCUUCAAUGAAGAAAACACACAGAUCUUGUAGCCUCAAAUCCAGUAGCACACUGUGAAUUCCUCCUCACCUUGGCUUUUACAGUUAGACAUCGAAUGUGUGUUGCUAUCCAUCUGCUACCUUCCAAUUUGUGUGUUCACGUAAUCACCAACAUAAAAAGUUGUCUCAUCUGAAGAAAGAAUGGAACUGUCAGAUUUAUUUAUUUUCCAUUUUGCAAUUUCUCUUGGCUGAAGCUUCCUUUGUUUUUUCUCCAUUGCUGUAUGUUUUGCUCUCCCUGAUACUUCUAUAUGUAAUCUAUAUUAAAUUAAAACUUGUCAACUUUCCUCUUUGCUAUUAAUAUUUCAUCACCUUUUAAAAUCUCUUCUGUUGCUACUCUACUUUCUCCCUGAAAACAAGGUUUCCCCAUUCCUCUACAAACUGUUGUGGACCUAAAAUCUGGAGAUUUUGUGAUUAACUCCGUGUGUGUGUCUGGUGCUACUGUACUUGUUGGCAAAAGUAUUUAUCUAUAUCAAACUGUAGUUUAAAUUAAUGGACACUGUCUUUUUUCUUUGUGGCAUUUAUUGUCUCGAAUUUGUACACCCUAUGCUAGUUAAGGAAAUGCCAGAGCCAUCAACUUAAUUUGAAUAUUGCCCAAAUAGAUUUUAAUUAACAUUAGGUUAUUUUUAUAUAAUUUUUGCUUGUACAUCUUUGUCUUUAUUGUUUCAAAAGACUGAUGUGGCAGCAGUUUGUGUUGUGUGUUCCAACUUGCUGCUUCUCACUUUGGUGAGGAAGGGUACUCAUGUUUUCUUGUCUAGCAGACAACAGCUCACUUUCUUUAUCUGCACUUGAUCAAAAUGUGCACACACAAAAUAAUUAUUAUAGAUAUAGAAGGAGUUAUUUUUAGUUUGUAAGAUUGGUUUAUAAAUCUUUUCUUGGAGUGACACACUUACAAAAUCAUCUCGUACAUGAGAUACAGGAUUUGAGUCUUGCAUUUACUUGAAAGUUAAAUGAGUCUGCAUACUCCAUAUGAAAUCUGAAAAAUUCAUUGUAGAAUAUAAUUGUUGUGAAAUCAUUACAUGAUAAGGGCUGAGUCAUCACUGUUAAGAAGAUACUUACGUUCAAGAGCCCACACAGCAUGUUUGCUAAAUAAUAAAGCUUUUGAAGCAAAAACAGAAUUUUGUUUGUGGAAGAGUCUAAAAUAGGGUUUCAAUGUUAAUAACAUAAUUUAUGUCAUGGCUUGCAUGCUUUAUCUAUGGUAAAAUGUAUUUUUAGUGGCAUUAUAUUAAUUACAAAUGUAAACACUGUUAUAUAGCACAAAUGGACACUAUUAUUGUAAGAAGUAAGUAAGUGUUGUUUAGUCUAUGUUCUCUUAACUCUGAACUGAGCUGUGUUAAGAGAUUUGUCUAAUACAGAUACUGUUUGCUCUGUGUUCUCUUCACCUGUUAAAUAUGAACCAUAUUUAUAAAUCUCUUUGAGAGGUGUAUGUUUUAAAAGUCUGUGGAAUUAUCUGAGUGUUGGUAUAUGUUAAAAGUUAGUGUUGAAUUUUUCUAUUGACCUAAUAAUCUAUCAUAGUUGAAAUGUUAAAAAAAAUUGUAAACAUAAUUGUGACUCGUGUUGAUAUUGGAUAUCAGAAACAAUAAUGCAAUGCCAUUUUCAAUAUUUUUGCUUUGAUAAUUUAAGGCUUGUCUGUAAUCAAUGAGCUAAUUUUUCAUGUUGGAAUUAAUUGAUGUUUGCUACUGCACAGAUGUGUCAGUGCAGCAAACAUUAUUUCUAGUAAAAGUAUUUUUCCCUUUUACGAAACAAUUUUCAAAGCCUGUUGUCUUACUCAAAUACAAUUUUUAUGUGUCUACAUACAGGAAGAUGUGUAUAUAUUAUUGCAAAAAUGGGAUGUUAAUGUAACAAAAUUUUUAAUCAGGUUCCUGUGGUUACCCAGAAAUGUGAAGUACAAGGUUGUGAUGGGAAUAUGAUGUUUAGUACUCCUUGUGUGUUUAAGCAUAUAGGAUGGCUAAACAUUACUUUGGAUAUUUUCUAUAUAUUUCAUGUGCUAGUCUGACAUGACAAUGGCAAUGGAAAAGAUCUGUAUUGUGUAUGUUCAAAUUCAAACUUGCCACCUGGUGUGGUGGAAUGAAGGGAACCACCUACAAAAUUUUGCAGUUUGACUGUUUUUAUCUGAUAUACUUUUAACAGGAAAAUGUAUUGUUGUUGGUGUGCUUACAUGAUAAAGAACUUCAUGUUAGCAAAAAUAAUUUCCCUUCAUAGAAUCUCUUGGUAUAUGUAGUAUCUGGUUGGUUUUCUUUUGUAGUUACCCAUCAUUUGUAGACCACUAUUUUAUGCUCACUGACACAGCCAUGUCUUAUUUGUUAGCAGUGUACUUGUCUACAUUUUUGUGUUACAAACUAAAAGUAAAUAAAUGUCUUGCUUUUA